AUGUCAUCAGUCCGCACUACUGAUAUUGAUUAUUUAACGGCUUUAUACGAUCCAUCUCGUUCAUAUGAAAAUAUUAUAAAACAAUUUAACUCUGGCAUUUUGUAUUACUAUAAUGACCCUACGGAAUUUAUUCAAUCUAUAAACAUGAAUAAAAAUAAACAAUUAACAGCUUUUAUACCAUCUGAAUGUGCUACACAAUUAGUACCUAAAUUGAAUGAAUUAGUCCAAAUCGAUUCUAUCUACAUCGAUAAUAACGAUAAUAUUAAAGAUUUAGCUAAAAAAUACACAAAAGUUCGAUUAUUUAACAAGAACGUCUUAGGAUCUCAGUUGAUACUUGUUCAAAUCAAAAAUUUAACAAAUCAAGGUGAUGCAUACAAACAAUCAAACGAUAACAGUUUGGCAAAUCUUUAUUAUAACGAAGCAACUGAACUAUGCAAAGGGCUAAGUUAG